UAUGGCGGCGUCCAUUCGGGUGUGCUGUGCCCUCCGCUUCACACUCGGAGGUGCAGCACCACUCCGUGUCUUAGCGGGAGCUGUUCAGGUACCCCAGCUGGCCAGUAGAGCCUCAAUUGCUUCUCUCCAAAGAAAUCCUGCACUUCCACUGUUCCCUGCAACAGCAUGGCAGCAAACCAGACAUGGCAGCUUCUUCAACAAGUUGACGGCUGAGGAGUUGUGGAAAGGCGUGAUGGCAGAGACGGGUGCUGGAGGCAGGAAGGGCCGAGGAAAGAGAGCCAAACGCAAACUGAAAAGAGAUCUGAACCGAGGACAGAAGCUCGGAGAAGGUCGCGGUGGUUUUCUGUGGCCCGGUCUGAACACUUCAGUCCUUAAGGACGGGAUUGUGCAGAACAUGGGUCGAAGAAGCGAGACUGAGCAGCAGGUGGUCCAAGCUGCACUAGUGCAUCAGAGGGAUGAGUGGGAGAAGAAGAGGAAGAUGAAGGUGAGGAGGGAAAGAGGAUGGACGGGAAAGUCGUUGGGAGGCACCAGCCUGGGCCCCCCUGACCCUGGACCCAAUGGAGAAAACUAUGACGACUUUGAUUCGCGUGUCAUUGAGGUGAGGUCUGUGUUCAACAUGACGGCCAAGGAGGGCAGGAAGAGAUCCUUCAGCUGUCUGGUCGCUGUGGGAAACGGCAACGGAGUUGCAGGCUUCGCAUUGGGUAAAGCAGCAGAAAGGAACACAGCUCUGAGGAAGGCCAAGAACAGAGCUAUCCACUACCUGCACUAUAUCGAACGGUACAACGACCACACUGUUUAUCAUGACAUUGAAUCCAAGUUCAAGAGGACAACACUCCGCAUUAAGAAACAAAACCAAGGUUAUGGUCUGCGCUGCCACCGGGCCGUCAUCACUCUGUGCAAGCUGAUCGGCGUUAAGGACAUGUACUGCAAAGUAGAAGGAUCUGUCCAUCUCCUCAACAUCACCAGGGCCCUCUUCACUGGAUUAACCAAUCAGGAAACCCACAAGAUGCUGGCCGACAAGAAGCAGCUCCACGUUGUCGAGUUUCAGUCGCACCGAGGCCCGCUGCCCACGGUGGUGGCGAGUCCUACCGAGGCAGUGCGAACCGACCCGGAGCCCAAGGACGAGAUCCCCGACACCCAUGUGCACUGGGACGAAGUACGAGCCGCACAGGGAAUCAAACGCUCGGUCUGGUCGGGCGUCAAACGCACUAUCUGGUAGUGCGGGAGCGGGCUGAUGACUGGAUCGGCCCGUCUGAUUGGACUGAUGGAAGCCAUGACUGUCAGAUGGAGGGUCUAACUUUUAGCUUUGAUGAGAAAAGCUAAAAAAAAGCGUGUGAAAUAAGAACAUCUUUGUCUCAAGCAGAAUAUCAGUUGUAUGUUUCUCAAAGUGAAGACAUCUCAUGAGAAAAAUAAUUCUCCAGAUUCACCCAGAAAAGUACAAUAGUGACUCUGAGACAGUACUGAAAUAUUCACGAUAUUCAAGAUUGAAACUUUCAUAUCUGUUUAAAAAAAAAAAAUCCUCAAUGGAAUUGUUACAAAACACAAAUUUAAUAAAGUACGGACCUGUGAAAACAUUCUGUCUGUGCAGCAUUACAUCGUAUCUGUAAUCUAAUGAACUCUGACAGCAGGGACACCUUGAUCAUCAGGGUAAUUAAUCUUUAUUCAUCAGAGCUGAUCUUCACACUGAGCCACCAAUGGAACAAACAAUGAACUGAAUGACUCAGAAGCUUAAAAAAACAGAUUUCUAAAUGUACUUUCUGUGUAUGUCAUUAAAUAAGGUGCAA